ACAAACCUUGCCUUGCUAUGUGCCUGGCUGCCUCGGAAAGAGAGAGCAGCUCCCCCCCCCUCCCCUUUGGCUGUGGCUCCACGCCGCCAAGUUGCUUCGCGUGUCCUGCUAAACGAGAGAGAGAGAGAUUUUUUUUUGGAGUGACGCGGGGUCUCCGAGGUUCCUGGCCAAAAAAAAACAUUUGACUAUUUUCGAGCCAGUGGGGUUGCGACCUCGGAAAUCAGACGAUGGACAUGAAGAAGAGGGUUCAGUUGGAGCUGAGGAACAGGAUUCCCGCCGAGGUCAUAGAGCUCGUCUUGGACAACUGCCGUUCCAACGACGGAAAGAUUGAGGGGCUGACGGAUGCCUUCUCUGCCCUGGAGUACCUGAGCAUGAUCAGCGUCGGACUCACCAGUCUUGCCAAUCUGCCCAAGCUGCCCAAGCUGAAGAAGCUGGAGUUGAGCGACAACAGGAUUUCCGGAGGUUUGGAGGUCCUUGCCGAGAAAGCGCCGAAGCUCACCAGCCUGCACCUCAGCGGCAACAAAAUCAAAGACCUCGGCACAUUAGAGCCCCUGAAAAAGCUGGAGCUGCUCAAGAGCCUCGACCUGUACAACUGCGAGGUGACACGGCACGAGGAUUACCGUGAGAAGCUCUUCCAGAUCCUGCCCACGAUAACCUACCUUGACGGCCUCGACCAGGAGGAGCAGGAGGCCCCCGAGUCGGACGGGGAAGAAGAUGAGGAAGAGUAUGAAGAUGAAGACCCACCGUCGGAGGAGGAGGAAGACGAGGACGAGGAUGCAAUAAAGGAGGAGGAUGAGGAGGAGGAGGAAGACGAGGACGACGACUCCGACAGCAAAGGAGAGAAGAGGAAACGAGAUCCGGACGAUGACGGCGACGAAGACGACGACGAGUGACGCGGCAUCGCGCCGUGAACUCGCGACGGUGCAGCGGUCAGAUCCUCAAAAAGCAAGUCGUCAACCCGAGACGAGACGACAGCCCCCGGGAGCGUUGUGGGUGCUGCGAAGCGUGGGUUGGAAAGGGGCAUUGCCGGAUUUAUGAUGCCACGGAGAAUUGUAAUUUUUUUUUUUUAAUUACUCCCCUGUGCGUCGACGCAACAAAUCUGACCGGGUCGGAGGGCACGGGCUCACGGUAAGAAGUUAAAUUAUUUCAAAUCUCAGUUUGGGGAAUUUGGCUCAGCCCAUCGUUCUUCUGGGUGGGGGCUGAUCAAAUGCUUACCGCUUGGUAGUGAGGUCAGCAGUGGUUGCCCAAUGUGCUUAACUCACCCCAAACGUAGGAAUGUGGAAUUUCCAUCACUGGAUCGAGGCUGUAAAAAUGUAUGAGUGCCUCCCCACGAUUAUUCUAACCGAUCGAAGGCAAUUCGUCUUGCAAAUUAUAUUGAAACGCAGAGGUAAAAAAAAAACACUAAACAAGCAAUGAUAAGUCAAAGUUUCAAUCAAAGGAAAUUACGUUUUAUUUAUACAAGAUAAAAACGUCAGACAGAUGUGAUUUGCAUGUCCAGGGGUACUUUUUUUUGCUCGUUAUGUUUAAGUGUAAAGCUGGGACGAUUAGUUAACGGCAAAAUGUACACAACGUUCCGUGAAUGUCUUACAACCUCCUGAACCCGAUAGUGGAAUUAUCCGUUUCUCAUUUUACCUUUGUGUGCUGUGGAUGCCGUUUAGUACUUAGGAAUUCAGAGUCUGUUGACGAAUAACUUACCGUGCCAGACUGCUUGGGCGCCACAUCCUCAAAUGGGUCUCUCCCUGCUCUGCGAUUGGGCAUCACGGGUCAGGCUAUUAAACGUCUACCGGUUUUGGCUGUCCCCCAGUGUCCCCUCCGAAUCUUUUGUGAAAACUCGGAUUCCUCAUGCACGACUCCUGAAACAGGCAAAGGGUAGGGCGCUACCUCAGCAGUCGGUUGAGGAGGGGGUGGGGGUAGGCGAAGGCUUCCGUAAGGUGAGCAAGGCCACUGUCAAGAGACCUUUCACCGUGCGGUCGGGGCUGGUGGCUGAGCACGCGUGGCGAACAGGGAGGGGGGAUGUCCCAGUUGAGCCUCCCGGAAAAAUGGUAGCGUUUUGGUGCGAGGGCGGUGCGAAUGGGGACGCUUUGUGAUGCCACCCCAAUCAGUUUGGCGAGUGUGACCGUCUGUCCUUAGUUGUGGUGUUAAAUGUUUAUUGCUCCACCGGCAUAAAAACGAAACAUGUACAUGAAUGUGGUGUGUGCCGAGUUAGUGCGUAGGUGUUACCUCGACCACUGUGAAUAUCUUAAAUAUGUUAUAAACUGUUGGAUUUCCCUAGCACUCACGUUUGUAUUGGUUCUUGUAUUUUUGCCCCUUAAAAUUAAGCCAUUCUCUCUCUGUAUGCUUCAGUCUUGAAUGUCCACAGACUGCUUUAAUAAACAUUUUAUAAUUCA